GGGGGCCUUCUUUUGUGAAAGAGCUUUGGGGAUUUAUCAGCCCAUACCUUUUCAUCCAGCUAGACGCUGAGGCGAAGGCUGUAAUCGGGCGGCAGUUCAUCGGCCACCUGAGGUGGCUCGAAGCCUUGGACGAUACGGUGGAGAUUAAGAUGGUCAGCCAAGACGAACUGGAGGAGGUGAAGAAAGUUCAACCAGACUUAAAGGCAUGUAUGGAACUGGAACAUGCUGAUGUACGUGAAGUUGAUUACCACGAUGAAGAGAGCAUCAUUGAGGUCGCCACUAGGAUGUAUGAUCUCCUCACUCUGGGAAAGUGGAAGCCGUUCGGCUCUGACAGGGGUAAGCUGCCCAUGGUGUCUCCGGUUGACCAAAUAGCCUUCUUGAGCGUGCUUCAGUACGCAGAGUUCUACCACCGCCCUCAGGAGCCAAAUGCCGGGGGCAGACAGGGGAAGCACAUGGGCCUUCAGUGGUAUCCAAGGGCCAACAUACCUGCCCAUCUCCAAGCCAUGGUGGCUGGAAGAGAUUAGGCAGGGUGCACGCCCCCUAGGUGCCACGAGCUUCUAUUAAAGUGAUUUCCCUUUAAGUAAUGUGAUUUUUAUGUAAGAAUCUGUGGGUAUUUUUCUGAUACUAUGUCGGUCUGCUACUAUUUUGCUAUGGGAUCCCUUGGUUUAUCCCGGUUAAACUAUGUCGGUCCACUACUAUAA